AGAAAACAGAAAAACAUAAAAAUUAAAAAAUGAGGUGACUGAGGUUGCUUGUUGCUGACACAGUUGCAGAGUAACAACAUAAGAUGGCAGUGUUGUCUCAUGUUUGCAGUUGCAUCUCACACUCCACUCUCUUCACUUCAACUGCACCUUCUUCAUCUCUAUCUGUUUCACCAACCACUUUCCUUCAAUUGUCUUCGUUCUCCACCGAGUCAACGUGGAACAACAUUCGUAGAACAAACCUUUGUUCCAACGUUAAUUCUCUUCGUUAUUCUGGGAAGACCCUUUUGCGGCAUAGGCAUAAAUAUUACAACCCUUGUUCUUCAAUGGCUUCAUCGUUGGAUGAGAGUGGUAAACGAUCCAAGAGAGUUUGGAUAUGGACCAGCAACAAGCAGGUCAUGACUGCAGCAGUAGAGAGAGGAUGGAACACUUUCGUUUUCCCAUCACACCAUCGACAACUUGCUCAUGAUUGGUCUUCCAUUGCGGUAAUAUGCCCUCUUUUUGUUAAUGAGGGAGAGGUUUUGGAUGGACAGAAUAAAAGGGUAGCCACAAUUUUUGACGUUUCAACCCCGGAGGAACUAGAGGAACUUAGACCAGAGAAUGAGCAGGCAGAGAAUAUUGUAGUUAAUUUACUAGAUUGGCAGGUAAUACCUGCUGAAAAUAUAAUAGCUGCAUUUCAAAGAAGCCAAAAUACUGUGUUUGCCAUCUCUAAUAAUACAUCUGAAGCUCAGGUGUUUCUUGAGGCACUUGAACAUGGUUUAGAUGGCAUAAUUAUGAAAGUUGAAGAUGUUGAACCUGUUCUCGAGCUAAAGGAAUAUUUCGACAGAAGAAUGGAAGAAAGCAAUCUACUGAGCUUGACCAAAGCCACUGUAACACAUAUUCAAGCAGCUGGAAUGGGUGAUCGCGUUUGUGUAGAUCUCUGCAGUCUCAUGAGACCUGGUGAAGGACUUCUUGUUGGAUCUUUUGCCAGAGGAUUAUUUCUUGUUCACUCGGAAUGCUUGGAGUCAAAUUACAUUGCAAGCAGGCCGUUUCGGGUGAAUGCAGGACCAGUGCAUGCCUAUGUUGCUGUUCCAGGAGGCAGAACAUGCUACCUGUCAGAAUUAAAAUCAGGAAAAGAAGUGAUUAUAGUUGAUCAUCAGGGUCGGCAACGAAUUGCAAUUGUUGGGCGUGUAAAGAUAGAAAGUAGACCACUAAUCCUUGUGGAGGCAAAGAUAGAAUCAGAUAAUCAAUCUAUCAGCAUCCUUUUACAGAAUGCUGAAACAGUUGCCUUGGUUUGUACACCACAAGGAAAUACACUGUUAAAAACAUCCAUUCCUGUGACCUCACUAAAAGUUGGAGAUGAAAUUCUGUUGAGAGUACAAGGAGGUGCUCGGCAUACAGGAAUAGAGAUUCAAGAAUUUAUAGUUGAGAAAUGAACUAGUAAUAAAUAAUGUAUUCAAGUUGUAAUAUUCAUUCAUUCAAUUUGUAAACUUAUUUUCUCCUUGCAGCUAUGAUGGUAGGAUAGAUUAUGAUCUGGCCAGAGACAUUGAAAAGGGCCAGCUAUGUUUUGUUCUACACAAUGGCAUUGAAGCUGUUGAGGGUUUGCACGGGAUACAUCUAAACUAAACAUGUUGCAGAAAUUUUCUCCAUAAUUUAUAGCAACUCCAAUUGAACAUUUUGUGUCAGC